AUGGCAGCUCUGAAGGUGAAAUCAGCAUUGUGCCUCAGCCUGCUGAUCAUGACACUCCUCUUGGAUCCAAGCUGUGGGAAUAAGGAAGCGUGUGACGAGUGGUCAGAUGAUACAUACCGGAUGCUGCUCCUGUGUAGCAGCAAAACAUGCAGCAAGCACUGCAUUGGCGAGGGCACCACCAGGGGGAAGUGUGGCUUCCUCAUCUUCAGGUCCUUCUGCUUCUGCACCAAAGAAUGCGACUGA